GUAAAACAAUAGUUUCUUUGAUGUCAAAAUUCGUUUUUUGUUAUACUUUUCAAUGGAUAAUUAAGCAUGAUUUUUAAAAAAAAGUUUUACUUUGAUGUUUUCGAUUACUGAAUUUAAAAUGCGUAUUACAAUAUUACAUUAUGAGCAGUCUUCUCCUGUACUAUUAGUUGGGAUUUUGUGAAUGGCAACUGGUGGAGGAUGGAAUGAUUCUUCUUACUGCAUGAAAAUAAGCUAAUACGUAUAUAUUUGGCAACAUUCUGUAGGUUAAGUUCACCUGUUCACAAUUUUAAUGCUAACUUUGUGAACUAAUGCUGAUAAUUGUAUUCUGUUAUUCGCAGGUGAAGCAACAAUUGAGUAUUUCUAGAAACUGUAGUAGUUUUGAAUUUAGUAGUUAGUUUGUUCCUUUCUAAAUAUUUAAUUUUAAAAAAGCUACUGCUGCGUCAUGGAGAAGGAAUUCCUUUGUAUUCCAGUUUAAAAAAGGAGAAAAGAAAUGGAGAUUGGGAUUAAUAAGUUUUGUAUAUUGUAAGGGGCUGCCAGCACCACCCCCUAAUAAGUCUUCAGUGAGUGAAGAAUGAAAUUCUUUGAAAAAGCAAUGGUGGAGCAGACAUCAAACCAUCACCAAAACCAGAGAAAGCCUUUAAGCUUUUUAAGUAAAGAUGAAGUUUGAAAGAUGGAAACAAGAAGAAGAAAGAAAUUGCUCUUUGAGUAGAGAUGAACUUCAAUCUUGGGCACAGUUGAUGAAGAGGAUGAUAACUGAAGAUGAUGAUGAGGAACCCAGACCCUAGCCAGCUACUUCCAUCCCAGGUGUGGUUCGAACUGCAAAGGCAGAGCGACGAUUAAAGGAAAGAAUGGCUCAGGAGGGUCUUCUUACUGAUGAAGAUGAAAAGGAACUCUCCCCUGCAGAGGCUAGAGCUUUGCGAGCUGAAAAACGAGCUGCAUGGCGACAGGCACGGUUAAAAUCAUUGGAACAGGAUGCUCUACAAGCACAGAUGGUUAUCAAGAAAAUGAGUGAAAUGAUAGAUUCUAAGAGCCCAGAAGGUGAAUCUGCCCCAAUACCUACUAAGAAUGGCACCACUGAUCAAGAAAAUAAUCAGCCCCGCUGUGUGGCCCCCCUCCGGCCCUCUAGUGAUGAUUUUCCUAAGCUGGCGGUGCGUGCCAAGGAGGGAGCCACCAAGGUGCGCGAGUCUGAGCGCGUGGUGGGAGAAACAGUCACCCGCCGCACAGAGGAGUUUGUUGACGAGCAAACGGGCGAGUUGCGUGUCCGCACCGUUGAAUACGUAGAAAAGCUGAUUGAAAAAGAGGUGGAGACUUUGAAGGAGAAGAUUAUCUCCCUUGAAUUAUCUGCUCCUGAUGGCGGAGAACUAAAUGGUGAAGGUGACGAAGAAGAUGGAGAUCAUGAUUCUCCCCCUACCACCCCUGUCUCUCCCACCCCUUCAGAAGAACCAGGCAGUAAUCGUCGAAGACGUCGCAAGAAGUCAAAGAAAGGUCGUCAUUAGAUUGCAGUCCUUUUCAUGUGUGUAGUGUGUUUGUGCGAGUGUCAUUCUCAGGGUAAGGAAUAUCAUGCCACAAGUCAAGCAAUGAGCUUGUUAUUCCUUUUGCCCUGCUUUGGCAGUGCACAUUUGUUAUUGAUUCCAGUGCAGUCAGGAAUUGAAACUUGUUUCUUCUGCGUACAUUUGUAAACAGGUUAAAAAAAAAAAUUGCCAUAAAUGUACAGUUAAAAAAAAAUGAUUAGUUGAAUUCAUGAAAUCAUAUUUUCCUAAUUGAGCAGUGGUGUUAAAGAGAAAUUUUAUUAUUUCCUGUGUACUAUGAUAUUCCUAGAAUGUCAUUUGCGAUCUGUUUCACAUUAUAUUUUGACUGAAUUACAAAAAAGUGAAGUAUUACAGUUUAUGACAUUCCUAUUGAUAAGCUAGAUAUCCAGUUAACAUCCAUUCUAAUGGUUUCCUUUGUAAUUGGAAAACUGAAUCGAGUAGUGUUGAAACAGCAGUAGUGAACAGUUCAGCUGACCACUGUUUGUGAUUGGUGGUAUUAUUGUGGCAAGUCAGAAACAUCACCUUUUGAGAGGCUUGCUGUUAGCCCAUAUCAUGUAAGAAUGUCAGAGACAUUGUCUUUGUUUACAGUUGGGAACGUGUAAUUGUGUUUCCAUGAUAAACAAAUUGCUUAUUAUGAUUAUGAUCUACAGCAAACUUCUCUUGUAAAGUCCUACUUUUAUAUCUUUUUGGAGUAAUAUAUAAAUGUACCUAUUUUUGAUGCAGUUUUUUCUUUUUAACUUCUGAAUCUGUCAAGAUGCAUCACAGACAUUAAGGUUUGAGGGUUUUGUGGAUUUUUAUUUUGUUUCUUAUGCAUAUAGAGUUAUUUAACAAAGAACUGUGUAUAUUUUCAAUAAGGAAUAUAAAUGUACAAAUGCAACAUUCACCUAGAAUUAAGUUGAGCAAAGUAAAUUCAUAUUGUAUGAUGGGUGCAAGAAAGUGAGUGAUGGCUUCUGAAGCCUUUAAUACUACUCUUUUGUGUUAGUGUUCUUACUCUUGGCAGAAGCAGCAAUUAGAGCAAAAUGUUCUGCCCAGAGUAGGUAAAAAUUCCAUUUGCCUCAUCACCAUUCAGCAGUCUAGUUACUUUGUGGAUGAGACAAAACAUAAAUUGAUUUUAUAAAGAAAUAACCUUGUGUAUGAUAAGUGAAAAACAUUUUAUAUCUCUGAUGAUUCCUGCUAUUUUCUUGUGUGUGAUUACAUGUUAGAAUCCUUUUACUGGUUACUGCUUUCAUAAGGCAGAGCAAUAGAUGACAGCAGCAUAUCUGCUGAGCUCAUUUUAUGAAAUGUUGUAAAUUGAUUUAAUCAUUGCUUGUUGUAGCUAAUUUGCAAUCAACACCAGGUGGACUUACACUAACAUGUCAGAUGUAGAAAUUUGCGACAGUUGUUUUGUAUUUGUAAAAUUAAGAAUUUACUGUAUUAUUUUAAAACUGGAUUGAUAGAUGUUGUGGCAACAGUGGUGCUAUUCUAAGUUAUUGUAUCAUGUUACAUGCUAUCCACUUGUUUGCUCGAGUGGAAUACAUUGGUUCAUCUAUUUAUGCUGUUUGCUAGUUAGCAGUGAAUCAUUCUUGACACAUGACUGAAUUAGAUACUGUACAGUAGUAGACUUGUAUGCAUGUGUGAGUGAACGAAUAUAUGUGAAUAUGAGUGCAUCAUAAGAUUCAUUUUUUAAACGUUGUAAUUAGAAAAGUAACAAUUAUCUUACAGUAUUGAAAAAGGUACGAAUGAAAAUAGAGUAUGUGUAAUUGUACUGUUUUGUUGCGACUUGUACUUCUAAACUGCUGUGCCUCAUCUUGGUCCAUGGUGUUGGGAUUGCAAGAACAUACAGUGACAGUUUCAAAUUUGUUGUCCUUUUAUAAAUUAUAUAUCUAUACUUGACUAAUACGGUGUAUUUAUUCUGCCCUCUCCAUUGAUAUCACAACAUUUUGAAGUUAUUGACGUUUAGCUUGCACUUCAGCUGUCAUUUAGUUAUCUUCAAGC